AUGCUUCUCUUUCAGCUCCUCUUUAUGGUUUUGCUUUGUCAGGCACAAGAGCCUGUGUGCCGGGUACACAGUCACAUCGAGCAGCCUGAACUUUAUGCAGACGGAGAUCUCAUUAUUGGAGGUAUUUUUUCAUUUCGCACUGGACAAGAUGGCUACACAGACAGUUUUACGCACAUGCCGGCAGUGCGCCCAUGCAGGGACUUUAAUUUCAGGGAAUUCCAGUUUGCACAGACAAUGAUAUUUGCUGUGGAAGAAAUUAACAAAAAUCCCGACCUUUUACCUGGAGUUUCUCUGGGAUACAGAAUAUACGAUAACUGUGGAUCUAUGGAUGUACUUAGAUCUGCACUGGCUUUGGUAAGUGCUAAUCUAAGCUCUACAGUAAAUACAACAUGUACAACCCAAACAGCCCAAGCUAUUAUUGGUCAUUCUGGGUCAACACCAACUAUCGCCAUUGCAAGGACUAUUGGACAGUUCCAAAUACCAGUGAUCAGUCACUUUGCGUCCUGUGCUUGCCUAAGCAACAGAAAAGAUUUCCCCUCCUUCUUCAGAACAAUCCCCAGUGAUUAUUACCAGAGCAGAGCACUGGCUCAGUUAAUGAGACACUUUGGCUGGACCUGGGUAGGAACCAUAAGCAACAGAAACGACUAUGGUCUGAAUGGCAUUGCGAUGUUUCUAAUGGCCGCCCAUGAAGAGGGUGUGUGUAUUGAGUAUUCUGCAGCUUUUGAGAUCACCAGCCCGCAUGACAUCAUAGUCCAAAUAGUUGACAUUAUCAAAGAGUCCACGUCGAAAGUAAUAAUAGCGUUCAUGUCUCACAGAGAGAUUAAGAUUUUGGUGGAGGAGUUAGACAAGCAGAAUAUUACUGGACUGCAGUGGAUCGGCAGCGAUGCCUGGAUCACGGAUAACUCCUUCACAGAAGCCUUAGGACAUAUGUCUUUAAUCGGCUCCAUUGGUUUUAGUGUGCCCAAAGUUACAAUUCCUGAAUUGGGCUCUUUUUUGGAAAAAGUGAAUCCCUCACAAUUCCCCAACAGCAGGUUUAUUAGGGACUUUUGGGAAACUGUGUUUAACUGCUCGCUGAGUCCCAGGGAAGGCUGGAGGACCUGUGAUGGCUCUGAGCAUUUAAAAGAUGUAAAAAACUCUUUUACUGAUGUAUCAGAUCUGAGAUUCACAAACAAUGUCUAUAAGGCUGUAUAUGCAUUGGGAUAUGCACUACACACUUUGGUUUCUUGUAAGCAGAAUAACAGUACAUUUUCAAAUUCAGAAUGUACAGAUUAUUCCCAAAUAAAGCCUUGGGAGGUCCUGAAUUCCUUGCAGAAUGUAAAUUUCACUACACUUCGAGGAGAAAAUGUAUUUUUUAGCAAAAAUGGAGAUUUACCAGCAAAAUAUGAGUUAAUUAAUCUGCAGGGGUUUUCUGAAGGAACCUCAAAAGUAGUAACAGUAGGCUACUAUGAUGCAUCUUUGCCUAAAGACCAGCAGCUUACUUUGAAUGGAGUUCCAAUUGUCUGGAAAGCAGGAAACAAAAUAGUACCGGUGUCUGUCUGCAGUGAGAGUUGUCCCCCAGGUACUAGAAGAGCUGUUCAGAAAAGGAGGCCUGUCUGUUGCUUUGAUUGUAUACCAUGUGCUCCAGGAGAAAUUAGCAAUGCAACAGAUUCACUUAACUGCUUGAAAUGCCCAGUGCUGUAUUGGUCAAACACAAAAGGAGAUGCCUGUAUUCCAAAAGAAGUUGAAUUUCUCUCAUACAAAGAUAUAAUGGGAAUAUUGCUGGCAGCUUUUUGUUUGAUUGGGGUCUUGUUUACUGUUCUGACUAUAUUUAUUUUCUACUACAAUAAAAAUACUCCUAUAGUUCGGGCCAACAACUCUGGGCUAAGCUUUCUGCUCCUCUUCUCUCUUACUCUGUGUUUUCUGUCUUCACUUACCUUCAUUGGUCAGCCCUCAAAUUGGUCCUGUAUGCUGCGCCACACAGUGUUUGGAAUCACCUUCGUCCUGUGCAUCUCAUGUGUUCUGGGCAAAACAAUAGUGGUGUUAAUGGCGUUCAGAGCUACACUUCCAGGCAGCAAUAUCAUGAAAUGGUUUGGGCCUCUACAGCAGAGACUCAGUGUAGUUGCAUUUACCAUUAUACAAGUUCUAAUUUGUGCACUUUGGUUAACAAUAUCCCCUCCUUUCCCCUACAUGAAUAUGAAUUAUUACCAAGAAAAAAUCUUGUUAGAGUGCAGUUUGGGUUCCACUAUAGGUUUCUGGGCCGUAUUGGGUUACAUAGGUUUUCUUGCUGGAUUAUGUUUUGCUUUGGCUUUUGUUGCACGAAAGUUGCCUGAUCAUUUCAAUGAAGCAAAAUUUAUCACAUUUAGCAUGCUCAUAUUCUGUGCAGUGUGGAUCACCUUUAUCCCAGCUUACGUCAGCUCUCCGGGAAAGUUUACAGUAGCUGUGGAGAUCUUUGCCAUUUUAGCAUCAAGUUACAGUUUGCUUUUUUGUAUUUUUGUUCCAAAAUGCUAUGUGAUUUUACUGAAGCCUGAAAUGAACACUAAAAAGCAAUUAAUGGGAAAGAUCAAAUGA